UCAAAGAACAGGAACCGACGGAAGCCGAGUUGGGUCUUAAAUACGCUUUGAGAAAUGGCGGCUGCUGAAGACACAAACAGUACACAAAACCCCAGUGGUUCAGAUGCUCCGAAGCUGUCGGAUUUACUGGACCGGGGUUGGAAGCUGUAUGAUGAGGUGGACACCACGAAUGAGUCGAGCAGCUCCAACGCAGUACAGGUGAAAGUAAAGCGCGGCAUCAUGCAACUGGAAGAGGCGACGAGGAUGGUCAAUCAGCUGAAUCUGUUCAGUCGUAAUGAGGCACUGGAAGAGAUCCCCACCACCGACCUGAAGUACCUGCUGUUGCCGGCUCUGCUGGGAGCGCUCACCAUGAAACAAGUGAACCCCAGCAAACGGCUGGAGCACGUGCAGGCGGCCCACGUCUACUUCAGGGACUUCCUCCAGAGGUGCAAGGACUAUGACAUAUGUAGUUUUCAGCUGCCCAGAGCCAGUGAGAACACAACAGAUACUCCUACUGAGGAGCGGAUGAAUCCAUCAGUCCCCAUGCCAAUGUCACAGCCAGACCUUAUCGCCAUGGCAACACAAAGACAAGCCAAAAUAGAGAGGUUUAAUCAGCGUAAGGAGACAGAAGCCAAGCUGAGUGAGAUCAGAGGACUAGUUGAAUCUGGUUCAGCUGAUGAAGAGGUGGUGAGAGAUUUUUACCUGCUGCAUGUGCGCAGGUGGGUGACACUAGCACUUGAGGAGAUCGACUCCAUUAACCAGGAGAUAGAGAUACUGAAACGGAUGGAGCUUUUCAAGCAGAGCGCCCCUCAGCCAUCCCCACCCAAAAGACCGCCCAUGAAGCCUUUUAUCCUGACUAAGGAUGCUAUACAGGCAAAAGUGUUUGGUGCGGGGUAUCCCAGCCUUGCCACCAUGACAGUGGACGAAUGGUAUGACCAACACCGGCGACAAGGAUGUUUACCAGACCAGGGCAUACCACGCAGCGCAGAUGGCAAUGCAGAGGAGGACGAGAGAGCCGAAAGAGAGAGGAAGGAAGAAAACGAUGAUGAAGAGGCACUGCAGAAGGCACGUGACUGGGACGACUGGAAGGACACACACCGGAGAGGAUAUGGCAACCGCAAGAACAUGGGCUGAUCUGAUCUCAUGCACGCACAUAUACACACGCACACACAUAUGCGCAUCCCUUCAGUUCCCACAAAUAAAUGCUGUUCCCAAUGCUGCCAAUGUGACAUGGACACAACAGAGAAUGGAGCUGUAGCGGUUAGUUAAUUUGGUUACUUUUUUUUUCCUAAACCGAGUUUGCAUAUUUGACAUUCUUUUAAAUGUCUCUUUGUAAAUCUUAAAUGAUGAGACCUUAAGCCCCUGAGCAUCUAUAAAGAUGGAUGUUUGAGCCUCCUCAUUGCAUCGCUCCACGUAAUUUUUUCCCACAUGGUUAAAUGUUUGCCUUUUCAUGGAUGUUGUUUUGAGUGCAAGAUUUCUACGGAAGUGUUCCCUGUAUCGUUAGCUUUUAAAUUCAAAAUCCGUCAACUCAGAAGGACGUUGUCACCCACAUAAUUACACCUUAUGUGCUGUUUGAUUUGGAGCCAGAUAAGACUGCAUGUUCUUUAACUAUUAGCAGAUAUUACUAGGCCUCGUUGUCUGGUUCAGAUGAGCUACUUCAGCGAAGACUGUUCAGCAAGAGCAAUUAGAACAAGUAUCAGCACUUGCUUGGAUCUGACACUGAUUAAUGUGGUCAGAAUUGCUGAAGAAACUGUGGGACAUUGGAACAAAUUGUCUAGAAUGCCUUUUUAUUCUGAAAUUUAUUUAUUGCAUUAUCUGGAAAUUUUGCUUUUCUUUAGACAAAUCUUUGUAAGGUCAACCUCCUGUUCUUGAGUAAACAUAAAGAAAAAUCACCUAUAAACAGCCUUUUUCUUCUCACUUCUGUUACAUGUAAUCUGAGAUGUAUUAAAUUACAAAACGUAUACGUUAUUAGUAGACAACACAUUUCAGUAUAGGUUUAUUAUCAGCAUAAUUUGAGAGAUGCAUUGAAUUGAAAAAUUAACAUGAAUUUUUGAGGAUUUGGUAUGUCCUCUGGUUUUAAUGACAGCUCUACAAAUGCAAAACCCAAUUGUCCAUAUUGUAGCAUGAUUUUACAAAACGACAACCAAAAAAUCUGAGCUUUUCUAUAUGUGCCGUUCAUUGAGAAUGCCUUUUAAAUUUCACUUACAUUUUAAUUUGGUAGCAAACAGGAUGCAGAACUGCAAUCUGUAUUUGAAUGUAGGAAAGUAUAAAACUUUUUAGUAAUACUUAUCAUUUUUUUUAAACGUAUUAACCAUAAACAUGUAGUGAUCAAUGUUUUAAAGCUAAAUACCAUAAAAAGAACGUUUGCUUGAGACAAUUUUUUUUUUUUUUAAAUUCCGGUUCAGUAAAUUCCCCAGGAUCUCUUCCUGUUCAACAUCCUGUGUGGUACAGUGUUUAUUAUAUAACUUUUUUUUUUUUUUUUUUUUUCAUGUUCAAAA